AUGUCUUCUCCGUUGGGCGCAAUAAAGAUCCGAAGAAAGAAGAACGUCAAGAAGGGUAUACAGUUCUGUUUGAUGGUUUGUGGUGCCUCGGGCACAGGCCGAACUACCUUUGUCAACACACUCUGCGGAAAGAAGGUUCUCGUUGGAAAGGAUGCGGACGAUGCGACAAACGCUCACGUCGAAGAGGGCGUCCGAAUCAAGCCCAUCAACGUUGAACUGGAACUGGACGAGGAGGGAACCCGAAUCUCUCUCACUAUUGUCGACACUCCAGGCUUCGGAGACCUGAUUGAUAACGAGGCAAGCUUCGGCGAAAUUGUGGGGUACCUUGAGCGACAGUACGACGAUAUUCUUGCCGAAGAGUCACGUAUCAAGCGCAACCCCCGAUUCCGCGACAAUCGUGUCCAUGCCCUGCUAUACUUCAUCACCCCUACCGGUCACGGUCUCCGCGAGCUGGAUAUCGAACUGAUGAAGCGUCUCUCUCCCCGUGUCAAUGUCAUCCCGGUCAUUGGAAAGGCCGACUCUCUUACACCAGCUGAACUCGCCGAGUCGAAGAAGCUUGUGAUGGAGGAUAUCGAGCACUACAGAAUCCCAGUUUACAACUUCCCGUACGACAUCGAAGAGGAUGACGAAGAUACCGUUGAGGAGAACGCUGAACUCCGUGGUCUGAUGCCAUUCGCUAUUGUGGGGUCCGAAGAGGUUGUCGAGAUUGGUGGUCGCAAGGUCCGGGCUCGACAAUACCCAUGGGGUGUUGUAGAGGUAGAUAAUCCAAGACACUCCGACUUCCUGGCCAUUCGCAGCGCACUUCUCCACAGCCAUUUGGCAGAUUUGAAGGAGAUCACGCACGACUUCCUCUACGAAAAUUACCGUACAGAGAAACUUAGCAAGAGCGUUGAGGGUGGCGCUGGAGCGGACUCUUCCAUGAAUCCCGAGGAUCUUGCUUCUCAAUCCGUCCGUCUAAAGGAGGAGCAACUCCGACGCGAAGAGGAGAAGCUCCGGGAGAUCGAGGUCAAGGUACAAAGGGAGAUCAACGAGAAGAGACAGGAGCUAUUGGCCCGUGAGAGUCAACUGAAGGAAAUCGAAGCCAGAAUGCACCGAGAACAGAGCGCACAUCUGGAAGCCACGAAUGGUGGGGGGGCAGCCACCGACUCCGAGCCAUAG